CUGCGCUCGUAUACUCAGUCUGGCCAGAAGCGAAUCGGCGCGAGUAGAGCUACCAGGUCAAUCCUGUUCACUGUAGUAGGAGACUACACAAGGAUAUUUCGAACCAAGAGGCAAGAAUCAUUGGGGGCCAUCUUGGAGGGUACCACAAGGUUACAAGAGCAUUUGCCUCACAGUAAUUAAAUAUUAUUGCCAUAUUAAGUUGAACAUGGCAGAAGAAGAGGACUAUAUGUCUGAUUCCUUCGUUAAUGUCCAAGAAGAUGUCAGACCAGGAUUGCCAAUGCUGAGGCAAAUCCGAGAAGCCCGUCGAAAAGAAGAAAAGCAACAGGAAGCAAAUUUGAAAAAUAGGCAGAAGAGUUUAAAAGAAGAAGAACAAGAAAGACGUGACAUUGGGUUGAAGAAUGCACUAGGCUGUGAAAACAAAGGGUUUGCUUUGCUCCAAAAGAUGGGAUAUAAAAGUGGUCAGGCUCUUGGCAAAAGUGGAGAUGGUAUUGUUGAACCAAUUCCUCUCAAUGUCAAAACAGGGAAGAGUGGCAUCGGUCACGAGGCAUUAUUGAAACGGAAAGCGGAGGAAAAAUUAGAAAGCUACAGAAGAAAGAUUCACAUGAAAAACCAAGUUGAAGAAAAAGCUGCAGAACAGUUUCGAAUGCGACUUAAAACUAAGCAAGAUGAGAUGAAGCUAGAAGGAGAUCUUAGAAGAAGCCAGCGAGCCUGUCAACAAUUGGAUGCCCAAAAAAAUAUUCAGGUUCCCAGGGAGGCAUGGUACUGGUUGAGGCUUGAAGAGGAGACUGAAGAAGAGGAAGAGGAAGAAAAAGAAGAGGAUGAAGAUGAAUAUAAGAGUGAAGAUUUAAGUGUACUGGAAAAAUUGCAAAUAUUGACUAGUUAUUUAAGACAAGAACAUCUAUAUUGUAUUUGGUGUGGAACAGCCUAUGAAGAUAAAGAAGACCUAUCUUCAAAUUGCCCAGGACCAACUUCUGCAGAUCAUGACUAAGAUUAUUCCCAAUAAAGUGGAAACUUGAAAAAUGUCAUUGUUUUCUAGAGGUAGACAAUUCAGCAGUUAGAAAUC